UGACUAUCUUUUUUCAUUUUUAUCUCCAGAUCACUUGCUGCUUCUCUCUUGGCAAGGCACAAGUUUCUGCUCGCAUUUGCUAUGGCGAAAAUAUUUUUGUCUGCACUUUCUGUUGAGUUUGUUCAUGGAUUUUUGGAUCCCUUUAGCGCUCUGAAUUUGAGUGAGGCACUGGAAAUCAAGGGACAGCUGGAGAGGCUGCGUGAAUCAUCAAUCCUGGUUCAGGCCAUGUUACAAGAUAUUGAGGAAAGACAACUGACAGAGGAGUCCUUGAAGCACUGCUUGGAUCUGAAAGAUAAAGUUUUUGAUGCUGAGGAUGUGAUAGACGAGUUUGUUUAUGAGGCCCUCCAGCGAAAGGUUGAGAUCCGAAGCCAACUGAGGAAGAAGGUACGCAGGUUCUUUUCGCUUUCCAACCCCAUUUUGUUCUUGUUGCAACUGAAACGGAAGCUUAUGCGGAACAAUAGAUCGCUGGAUAAACUGAAAAAUGAAGCCGCUGGAUUUGGGCUUCGAGUUGCAUCUUUUAGUACAAUUCUCGAAAAUAUUCCGAACCAAGAGACAGACUCCUUUUUUGACCACCCAGAACUUAUAAAAGGAAGGGAGGCCGAUGUCUCUAAAGUUAUCAACUUGCUGACCAGCUCAAGCAAUCAACAAGAUCUUUCUGUUAUUCCUAUAGUGGGCAUGGCAGGUAUAGGAAAGACAACGUUGGCAAAACUGGUGUUUGAUGCUGUUGACGACGGAGAAUUUUUCGAUGAAACAUUAUGGGUCUCUGUUUCUGAUGAUUUUGACCAUCAGAAUAUUUUGGGAAGUGUGCUGGUUGCUCUUUCGAGAAACAUGGGAAGAGUAGAGAACAUUGAUGUGAUGGUUGACCGUCUUCAGCAGGAGUUGGAAGGGAAGAAAUUUCUUCUUGUACUUGAUGAUGUGUUGAAUGAAAAUUAUGAGAAGUGGGACAGGUUACGGAAUUUUUUCUUGGGAAUUAGUGGAAUUAAUGGGAGUGCCAUCAUUGUUACAACUCAUAGUAGGAGGGUGGCAUCUAUAAUGGAGACAUCUCCCGGGUGCAGGUAUGAGUUGAAACCACUAUCUUGUGACGAAUCUUGGUCCAUUAUUAGUGAAGCGGUGUCUGGAAAUGGGGGAGGACCAAUAACUUCUGACUUGGAAGCUAUUGGGAAAGAGAUUGCAGUAAAAUGUGAAGGUCUUCCAUUAGCUGCAAGGGCUUUCGGGAGAAUGAUGCGCUUGAGAUUCGGGAUAGAAGAAUGGUCAUUGCUCAGAAAUCUUCAUGCUUGGGAUGCACUAGUUAAUCAAAUUUUACUUCCAAUAAAGCUAAAUUAUGAUUGCCUUCCGUUGACUGUUAGACGGUGUUUGGUAUAUUGUUCAAUUUUUCCCAAAGGUACUAAAAUAGGAAAGGAACAGUUGAUUGAACUUUGGAUGGCUGAAGGGUUUCUUGGGACAUCUAACGAAAGGAUGGAAGAUAGAGGUAAUCAAUGUUUUAGCUACUUAAUUGACAAUUAUUUUUUGGUAGAUGUGGAAAGAGAUGAGUUGGAGAAUAUUAGAAGUUGCAAGAUGAAUAAUAUUGUGCAUGAUCUUGCAUCUUAUCUUUCAAAAUAUGAAGUGAAGAAUUCGGAGGCUUAUCCUGGUGUUGAUGAUUUAUCUCAUAUUCGUUAUGCAAAUCUUAGUUGUGACACAGAAAAUGCACAGGAGUUCUUCAAAACUGGGGGUAGAAAAUUACGUUCUUUGUUUUCACGUGAUUUCAUUCAUGACUCAUGGAACUUCAAAAGCUUGCGAACCCUAAGUCUGGAUGGUGCUGAUAUCAGUGAGUUGCAGGGUUCGAUCGGCAAGUUAAAACAUCUGAGAUAUCUUGAUGUAUCGCGGACUCAUAUCACGGCAUUACCCGAUUCCAUCACUAAUCUCUACAACUUACAAACUUUAAGACUUGUUGAGUGCAGAUCACUUCAAGCACUUCCUAGAAGAAUGAGAGAUUUAGUCAAUCUGAGACAUAUCCAUGUUACUUUUCAUCACCAGAUGCCAGCUGAUGUGGGAUGCUUCUCUUUUCUUCAAACAUUGCCAUUCUUUAUUGUGUGUCAAGAUAGGGGCCAAAAAGUUCAAGAGCUGGAGUCCUUAAAUGAACUAAGUGGGAGAUUGUCAAUAUACAAUCUGGAGCAGGUGAGAGACAGAGAUGAGGCUGCCAAAGCAAACUUGCGUGAAAAAAAGGGAAUAUGCAUGAUGGAAUUUGUAUGGAGUCCAGAAAGAGAGAAUUUUGACAAUGAUGAUGACGUGAUUGAAGGUCUGCUUCCUCACCAAAACAUCAAAAGCCUGAAGAUUGAGAAUUAUGGGGGUAAAAAAUUCCCAUCAUGGCUGCUGCUGAGAACUCCCGGUACUGGUGAUUCUUUUCCACUAAAAAAUUUGGUGAAUCUGAAAUUGUUACACUGCAAGAGAACAGAAGAAUUGCCAACGCUUGGACUUCUUCGUCGCCUUAAAGUUCUGGAGAUUAUUGGAAUGAAUACCAUACGAUGUAUAGGCAUGGAGUUUUACAUAAAUGAGGGAGAAAGCAGGAGGGAAACAAUGCCACUGUUUCCGGAAUUAAAAAAGUUAUCUCUACAGUGUAUGGAGAAUCUAGUUGAAUGGAGAGCACCGGCAUUAGGUGGAGGAAGUGACAUGAUUGUAUUUCCUUACCUUGAAGAGUUGUCCAUUAUGCGUUGUCCGCGAUUGAACAGCAUUCCAAUAAGCCAUCUUUCAGCACUUGCACAACUUGAGAUCUGCUUUUGCGGUGAGUUGAGUUAUUUAUCUGACGACUUCCAUUCAUUCACAUCUCUUGAAAAUUUAAGAAUAGAAGUUUGUCCCAAUCUGGAGGCCAUUCCAAGUUUGAAGAAUCUGAAGUCCCUUAAAAGAUUAGCCAUUCAACGAUGUCAGAAAUUAACAGCUCUUCCAUCUGGGCUGCAAUCCUGCACAUCGUUGGAGCAUUUAUGUAUACGAUGGUGCGUAGAGCUAACCUCAAUUCCUGAUGAAUUGCGAGAGUUGCGCUCCCUACUUCAUUUAGAAGUCACAAAAUGUCCAAGCUUGAACUACUUUCCCGAGGAUAGCUUAUGCUGCCUCACCAGAUUGAAGCAGUUGACGGUUGGUCCUUUCUCUGAGAAGUUGAAGACUUUCCCUGGUCUGAAUUCAAUCCAACAUCUCUCGUCCCUUGAAGAGGUAGUAAUAUCUGGUUGGGAUAAACUCACGUCCUUACCAGAUCAACUUCAAUACAUCACUUCCCUGAAAUCUCUGUAUAUACGGCGUUUCAACGGAAUGAAAGCUUUGCCAGAAUGGUUAGGCAGCCUCAAAUGUCUCAAGCAGCUUGGGAUUUGGAGAUGCAAGAAUCUGAGCUAUCUACCUACAUCCAUGCAACAACUCUUUCUAGCAGAGAGGCUAGAGGUCAUUGACUGUCCCCUUCUAAAGGAAAAUGGCGCCAAGGGGGGUGGUUCCGAGUGAUCCAGAACUUCUCACGUCCUAGGAUCAGUUCCUCUUAUCACAAGCAGUUUAAAUAAUUAUACAUAUGGAAGGGCUUUAGGAUUGCAUCUUGUAAGCUCGGUGCUAAAAUGAAAUCCAAUUUCUCGUUGAAACUUGAGCUAGGACAGGAUGUUGACCAUGAGCGGAUGACAUGCUGAUGAGUCUUGAUGGGUGUAUAAAUAAAUGCUAGGAGAUCAUUCAAAGUAGAAAAGAGCGCAAGAAAGCCUUGGCAAAAAGUCAGCAGCAGAGUUCCCUUCUUGAAACCCACGACACUGCUUCACCGACGAUUCUCUACAAGACAUCUAAUAACUUGAACAAUCCCCCGCAUGAAACUAGUCAUAGCGUCAGACCUGGUUAUCAACAACAAAGUUUCUAAGGAAUCAGAUUGUAAUAUCACAUUUUUUUUCGAGUUAUGCUGGUUCACUUUCCAUUUUUCCCCAUUUCUCUAGCUGAUUUCUGUACAGUUUUUUCUAUUUUACUUUCCACUUUUUAAAUUGUGUACUUGUAAACAAUAUCCAAGUCAUAUAUUCAUCCAACUUUAAGGGUUA